AUGUCGGCCUGCAAGAGCGUGCGUUUGAUCCGGCCGGUGCGGGCGCCAGAGCCGCAGUUCGUCGUGGUGCAGGAAGGCGUCGACUUCCUCCGUGGCUUGGAGGGCCCUCUUUACGUCGUGUCCGUGGUAGGUGUGAUGCGGCAAGGAAAGAGCUUUAUCCUGGGCCUCCUGGCGGGUGGCCCCGGCAUCUUUCGUUUAGGCCAUCAAACGAAAUCCUGCACGGAGGGGGUGGAUGUCUUCGCUCGCCCUCAUCCCUCCGGACGCGGGCACCUGGUAUUCUUGGAUGUGGAGGGCCAGGGAUCACCCGAUCGGAACGACACAUACGAUGCUGCUCUGACCACCGUCGCCAUGCUGCUGUCGUCCACGGUGGUCUACAACUGCCUGUCAGUAGGCACAUCAAAAGAUGUGGACAAGCUGGAGCUCUUGAGCGGCUUCAUGCAGAACAUCUUCGAUCGCACGUCUGAGGAGCACGGAGAGUGCGAGGCAGCGGGCAGCGACAGGUUCUGUCCCGCAUUGAUGUGGCUGCUGCGCGACUUCUUCUUGGAGAUGGUGGAUGCAAGCGGGAAGCCCUGCGAUGCUGAUACCUACCUGGAGGAAGUGCUCCUGGCACCGGUGUCCGGGGCGAGCAGAACGGCCAAGGACCAGAACCGGAAGCUGAACGACAUCAAGCAGGUCCUGCAGAAGCGGUGCUUGCGCACCUUGCCCAGGCCUGUCGACGACGAGAAUUUCAGGCAGCUCGAGAUUGACGGCUUAGAUGGUCACGGGGUACGGCCGGAGUUUCGUGAGCAAGUCACAGGAAUCAUCCAAGAAAUCUUGGAGACGGUGCCGCGGAAGCGGUUUGAUGGCGGGGAGCUCACCGGUGCUGCUUUGGCAGAGUUGGCAGGGCACCUCACGCUUACUCUCAAGGAUGGCGUUCCGGAGGUGGCAUCUGCCUGGCACCAGGUGUGCUUGGCACAGACAAGGAUGGCACUGCAAAGGGCUUCCGACAGCUUCAAGCAGAGCAUCUGCAUGGCCCAGGAGGCAAUCGAAGCGUCGGGCCGCCAGAAGCGGCGCACGGCCUCGAAGCCCCCGAUGUCUUCGCACGUCCUGAAGCAGACACUGCAGGAUGCCACGGCAGCGGCUCGGAGCGCUUACUUUGCUACGGCCUUUCAGACGGACGAGGAGCAGGCGCGGUGCCUCAAUGACUCCUUGGCCCAUGCCGCUGAAGAAGCGCACCGAGACAACGAGGAAGUCGCAAGAUCCUUCUGCAGGGACCUCCUUCAGGCCCUCUAUGCACCGGUGGCAAGCAGUGUUGAAGGCAAGCGCUACAUCUGCGGAGGAGGCUAUACCCAGUACAUGCAGGAUGCUGCAGGAGUCCAGCAUGAAUACGCGGAAUGUUGCCAGGACACGCUGGUGCCGGAGCAUGUUGUUACCGAGAUUGGGGAGGAGUUCUGGCGCAGCACAGAAAACAUUCGCAAGAUCUUGCGAGACAGCGAUAAGCAGCUCUCGGAAGCAGAGAAAGAAAAGGCAAAGCAAGAGGAGCAGCUAGUCCAGCUAGAGCUUCGCCGAAAGCAGGAGUGGGAAGAGAACAAAGCGCACCUCCAACGUCAAGAGGCCGAAAACCAAGAGCGCAUGAGGACCUGGGAACAGGCCAUGGGCAGCAUGAAAGACCAGAUGCGCAUCCAGCAGGAGGACAUGCAGAGGGCCAGCGAGCAGCGUGAAGCACAGAUGGCGGAGUUCAUUCAGCAAGGCCAAGUGGAAGCUCGGAAACAGAUGCAGGACAUCAUGAAGAUGGCCAGUGAGCAGGCGAUGGCUCAGCAAGAGCACAUGAGCUCACUGCUCACGUCAAUGCAGGAUUCGCAGCGGACUCAGCAGGAGUCCAUGAAUGAAGUCAUGAAAAGUUUGAGGGAUUUGGCCAACAGACCUCCUCCGAAGAUUGAAGUGCAACGAUCCUGUGCAGUACAGUAA